AUGGUCGAGCAGAAUGCCACUGAAAGGCCUAUUGAGUAUUGGAUAAGUCGUUCGACGGAUCCAUUCAUUGACGCUGAAACUCGAAAGCAAUACGUGCAAAAACUCUGUGAUCGCGUGAAUUAUGAGGCUGAUGGUGCAUUAGUUGCUACUGGUAUUCUGGGACACAAAAUAGUCAGUCCCGAUCAAGACGAAGCUUUAUACUCACUCCAGGCAGUUGAUCAAUUAGUACGGAAAUGCGGCGAAAAAGUUCACAAUCGCGUCGGAAAGUUUCGAUUCCUCAAUCAAAUUGUUAAGCUGAUUACUCCAAAGUAUUUGGGAGCGCAGACGUCACCUGAGGUAUGUCGAAUGCAAAGUAUAUCAUGUCUACAUUUUUAA